AAAAAAGUGUUAACUUUUACAAAACAUACUCCAAUCUCUCAAUUAAAUUUCAUAAAUAAGUUAAAUCUAUUCCAACAAGCCAAGCUGGAUAAAUUUUAAGAUCCUCCAAUAAGAAUAAAUAAAAAGUAAUUAAUUUUUGUAACAGCGCAAUUUAUAAGGCCAACUUAGCAUCAUGAAGAAGAAGGUAUUGUUGAUGGGGAAAAGUGGGUCUGGAAAAACAAGUAUGAGAUCCAUUAUAUUUGCUAAUUACAUCGCAAGGGAUACAAGACGUUUAGGAGCUACAAUUGAUGUUGAACAUUCACAUGUUAGAUUUCUUGGGAACCUCGUUCUCAAUCUUUGGGACUGUGGGGGCCAGGAGGCCUUUAUGGAGAAUUACUUUGCAUCACAAAGAGAUAACAUAUUCCGGAAUGUAGAAGUCUUAAUAUAUGUGUUUGAUGUUGAAAGUAGAGAAAGAGAAAAGGACAUCCACUACUACCAGUCAUGCCUAGAAGCUAUUCUGCAGAACUCUCCAGAAGCAAGAAUAUUUUGCUUGGUUCACAAAAUGGAUCUGCUGAGUGAGGAAAGAAGGGAUGAGGUGUAUCAAGACCUAGAAGAAGAUUUGAAACGACUCUCUAAACCGCUUGAAUGUACCUGCUUUAGAACUAGUAUAUGGGAUGAAACACUAUACAAGGCAUGGUCGAGCAUAGUGUACAAGUUAAUACCAAAUGUAAAGGCUUUAGAAUCUUCAUUGAAACAGUUCGCAGCUAUCGUGGAUGCUGAUGAGGUGCUGUUGUUCGAGCGCGCCACAUUCCUCGUGGUGUCCCACUGCCAGCGACGGCCGCACCGGGAUGCGCACAGAUUUGAGAAGGUCUCCAACAUUGUGAAACAGUUUAAACUCUCCUGCUCGAAGCUAGCCGCGCAGUUCCAGAGUAUGGAGGUGAGAAACAGCGUGUUUGCAGCGUUCAUAGACGGCUUCACGAGCAACACAUACGUAAUGGUGGAAAUGUCUGACCCCAAGAUCCCGUCAGAGGCGACUCUUAUCAACAUCAGGAACGCCAGGAAGCACUUCGAGAAGCUGGAGAAGGUUUCCUCUAGUGCGCCGGGCCAAUACCAAUGAGAUAGGGCUGAACUAGUUAGGAAUGUUAAAACACGGACUAAAAGUAAGUGAUAAUGUUAUUGAUAGUGGGAGGCUCCUUUACAGAGGAUGCCGGCUAGAUUACGGGUUCCACAACGGAGUCUUUUACUGCUGUGAGGCAGUAAUGUAAGUCAUUAUUGUGCUUCGGUCUGAAAGGCGCCGUAGCUAGUGAAAUUACUGGGCAAAUGAGACUAUCUUAUGUUUCAUGGUGACGAGCGCAAUUGUAUCGCUGGAUCUACACUAUAACUGUGCAAAGUACAUUAGCCGGUAAUAAAUUAUCUAUUUUUUGUUACUUGAAAUUUGUAAUUCAAUAAACAUCUCUAUCAUCCAAGAAAUGUAUGCAUUCAUAGUACUAGGUCAUAAUACAAAUGAUUUGAGUUUUGUUUAGUAUUAAUUCCGCCAAUAUUUGUCUUUAAACAAUUCGACACGUGUUUCGCCUCUACACGAGGCAUCCUCAGGGCGUGUUGUCUCGCCAAAAUCUGGCACGAGACUGAAUCAAAUGAGCCGGAAGCCAGAUCUCAGUCUAUUUGUAUAUUCGAAUUGUUUAAAGACAAAUAUUGGCGGAAUUAACACUAAACAAAACUCAAAUCAAUUGUAUAAUUAUGGAUUUCCGCAAAGUAACGCCUACUUCAAUAAAUUUACUAGGUGAAAUAGAUUAAUUUUAUUUGAUAUUUUGUAUUUUAAGGCCUCAUUCGAAAGAGAGUUAAAGAACAUGGCCUUAUAACUGCCAUAAGGUAUUUUGAAACCAAGUUUUACAUCCAUCGCCUAAUUUUGAACAAACAUCAAAUUGCCGAUAUGUUUCAUUUCAACGUUUCUGACAGACAUUGAUGAAGGUCUCGUUCAAGCGAGGCCCAAAUCUUUUGUUAAAACCUUUCACUCAAAAUUAGUCACGCAUAAAAAUUUGGGUGUUAGUAAUAAAAGAUCAUUUUUAUCAUUUAUAUACAAUUUAAGGAGGAAAGUACUCAAAUGAUAAAAAAAACACGUUUGGAAUACAAUAAUAGGUACAUUUACCUAUUUAGAACAUGCAUGAGUACCUAAUAUUUUCAUAUAUUUUGUGUAAAAAUUAAAAAUUUAUGGGCACCAGUUUUGCCAGUUUCAUAUCAUUGGUGUACAGUUGAUAAAAAUAAUUUUAAGUGAUUGUUGUAUGCCGCCUGUUAUUUCUCAUGUUGUUUAAUAUGUUUGCACGUCUUUAUUUGUGUAUAAGAAAUGUCUAUAAAGUUUUU